UCCGCCCGCCCCGGAGCCUCGCCCUCCGCCACGAUGAGCAAAUGAGCGCGAGCGAGGGCAUGAAAUUUAAAUUCCACUCAGGGGAGAAAGUGCUGUGCUUCGAGCCUGACCCCACCAAGGCGCGAGUGCUGUACGAUGCCAAGGUGCCGCCGCGGAGGGACAGGGAGGAGGCGCGGGCCGGGGACCCCGGGACGGGAGGCGAAUGCGGAUGCGGUCGUUCCCCCAGGGGACAACGCUGUGAGGGUUGCUGUAAUCGAGAAGAACUGGCCCUGGACGCAGCGGAACCCAGGAGACUACUACUCCCAGAGGUCUCUCGGCUGCAGCUCGCUUGUCUGGCCUGGACUCUGAUUGUCGAUGUUAUUGUUGGGAAAGACGAAAAAGGCAGAAAGAUCCCAGAAUAUCUGAUCCAUUUUAAUGGUUGGAACAGAAGCUGGGAUAGAUGGGCAGCUGAAGAUCAUGUCCUUCGUGACACAGAUGAAAAUCGGAGAUUACAGCGUAAAUUGGCAAGAAAAGCUGUAGCUCGGCUGAGAAGCACAGGAAGAAAGAGGAAGCGCUGCAGGUUGCCUGGUGUCGACUCUGUCUUAAAAAGCCUCCCUGCCGAAGAAAAAGAUGAAAAUGAUGAAAACUCAAUAAGCAGCUCCUCUGAUGACAGUAGUGAAGAAAAGAAUGAAGAAAUAAGUGAAGAAAGUGAUAUUGAAGAAAAGACUGAAGUGAAGGAAGAACCAGAGCUACAUGCAAAAAAGGAAAUGGAAGAAAGAACUAUAACGAUAGAAAUCCCUGAAGUUCUGAAGAAGAAGCUUGAGGACGAUUGUUACUAUAUCAACAGGAGGAAACGGUUAGUGAAACUUCCAUGCCAGACCAACAUCAUAACUAUUUUGGAAUCGUAUGUGAAGCAUUUUGCUAUCAAUGCAGCCUUUUCAGCCAAUGAGAGGCCUCGUCACCAUCACGCUAUGCCACACGCCAACAUGAAUGUGCAUUAUAUCCCAGCAGAAAAGAACGUUGACCUUUGUAAGGAGAUGGUGGAUGGAUUAAGAAUAACCUUUGAUUACACUCUCCCAUUGGUUUUGCUCUAUCCAUAUGAACAAGUUCAGUAUAAAAAGGUGACUUCGUCCAAAUUUUUUCUUCCGAUUAAGGAAAGUACCACAAACACUAAUAGGAACCAGGAGGAGCUCUCUCCAAGCCCACCUUUGUUGAAUCCAUCCACACCACAGUCCACAGAGAGUCAGCCACCCACAGGCGAACCAGCCACCCCCAAAAGGCGCAAAGCCGAGCCGGAAGCCUUGCAGUCUCUGAGGCGGUCCACACGCCACUCUGCCAACUAUGACAGGCUGUCUGAGAGCAGUGCCUCGCCUCAGCCCAAGCGCCGGCAGCAGGACACGUCCGCCAGCAUGCCCAAGCUGUUCCUGCACCUGGAAAAGAAGACACCUGUUCAUAGCAGAUCAUCCUCGCCUGUUCCUCUGACCCCUAGCAAGGAAGGGAGUACAGUGUUUGCUGGCUUUGAAGGGAGAAGAACUAAUGAAAUAAAUGAGGUCCUCUCCUGGAAACUUGUACCUGACAGUUACCCCCCAGGUGACCAGCCACCUCCACCCUCUUACAUUUAUGGGGCGCAACACUUGUUGAGAUUAUUUGUGAAACUUCCAGAAAUCCUUGGAAAGAUGUCCUUUUCUGAGAAGAAUCUGAAGGCUUUACUGAAGCACUUUGAUCUCUUUCUGAGGUUUUUAGCAGAAUAUCAUGACGACUUCUUCCCAGAGUCUGCCUAUGUUGCUGCCUGUGAGGCGCACUACAGCACGAAGAACCCCAGGGCGAUUUAUUAAGGCUUUGAUGGUUUUGGAAGACCAGCUUCUCUAGCUUUGUGCUCUCGGUUCCCAGUAAAGAACUAGGGAGUUGGUGGGCCUUCAUUACAGACAGAGCGAAUGCAACACCCACCAUGGGGGGCUGUGGCAGAGGCGGACACAUUUGUUUGAGUUGCUUACCUACUGUAGUUAUUUCUGUUAAGGAUUACUUCCUAGAUGCCUGAACGGCCUCUAGCAUCUGACCCUUGGCACGAUACAUGUCAUCUGUGAUGGCAGGAAAAGAGAUGCCGUCUCAUUUCACUGUGAACAGUGAAAUGUUCAUGAAAGUGUGCAUAGGUUGGGCUGUUUCAGUAGACAGAGUUACUUGUUAGCAGUAAGCACAUUUUUUAGUUAUUUGUUAGCAUUAAACAAAAUUAUUUUGCAAACCAUUUUCAUUCUGUGAUGGGGCUGAGCAACUCUGUUCAACAAAUUUUAGUUUCACUUGGAAACCGAAAAGUUGUCCCAGAAUAUUUUAGAGGGAGUUGAUAUGGAUGGCAAAAGAAAAUUUGCAGCUAUACAUUUGCUUGUUACAGUUCAUUUUCUAUAAAACUUUAUUUUUGGUGAUCUAAAUAAUGCAUUGCCUGAAUGUUUGAGAUUUUAUAGCUACACUUGGUUGUAUAAUGUUAUGGUUCCCUUUCUGUAAAAUGUUAUUUUUGGUGAUUGCAAAUAAAUCAUUACCCAUCUUGUUGGAAA